AUGCACACUGCUUCUACAAGCAUUUGUGAAAUACUGUGCAAUAAGUCUGUCAGUGAAAUAUCCUUGCUACUAAAUAUUCCACGGUCAAUUGUUAGUGGUAUUAUAACAAAGUGGAAGCAACUGGGAACAACAACAACUCAACCAUGAAGUGGUAGGCCACGUAAAAUGACAGAGCGGGGUCAGUGCAUGCUGAAGCGCACAUUGCGCAGAAGUCGCCAACUGUCUGCAGAGUCAGUAGCUAAAGACCUCCAAAGUUCAUGUGGCCUUCAGAUGAGCACAACAACAGUGCGUAGAGAGCUUCAUGGACUAGGUUUCCCAUGGCCGAGCAGCUGCAUUCAAGCUUUACAUUACCAAGUGCAAUGCAAAGCAUCGGAUACAGUGGUGUAAAGCACGCCGCCACUGGACUAUA